UUACAACUUCCCCCAAAAUUUGGCGCGAAAAUCAACAUAUCAGCAAAAUUAGGCUUCACUUUUGCGAUAGCGGAAAUCCAAUUUCUCCGGCGAUACGGUACUAAUGUCGACCCGACGAACUUCAAAACGAAGGCGUACAGUGCAGAAAGAAGAAACAGAAGAUAGAAAAAAGCAACAUGUUGAAGAAGAGGUUAAUGGAAGUUCAAAAAAACAAGUGUCGCCGGUAGUAGUAUUUGCUCAUGGUGCUGGUGCACCUUCCACCUCCGAUUGGAUGAUCAGAUGGAAGGAGAUGUUGACCAAGGCGCUGAACACUGCUGAAGUUGUAACCUUUGACUAUCCAUACAUGUCUGGUGGAAAGAAGAGAGCUCCCCCCAAGGCAGAAAAGUUGGUUGAUUUUCACUCUAAUAUUGUCAAAGAGGUGGCUGCAAAAUACCCUGGGCAUCCGCUGAUAUUGGCAGGGAAGUCAAUGGGUUCAAGGGUUAGCUGCAUGGUAGCUGUUAAUGGCAUCGCUUCUUCAGCUAUUGUUUGCUUGGGGUAUCCAUUAAAGGGUGCAAAAGGUGCAUCACGAGAUGAGUUGCUGUUACAAGUUGAUGUACCUAUUAUGUUUGUGCAGGGAAGCAAAGAUGGGCUUUGUCCACUGGAGAAGCUGGACGCUGUAAGAAAGAAAAUGAAGUGUGCUAAUGAAUUAUAUGUGAUUGACGGUGGUGAUCACUCCUUCAAAAUUGGCAAAAAGCACUUGCAGUUGGCUGAGUCCACCCAAGAGGAAGCUGAAAAGCUUGCUGUUCAUGCUAUUGCAACUUUUGUUUCUAAUCAUGUGAAAUAGGGGGUCCAGGUUGCACAAAGAUGGUUCGUGAAUGCUUCCUUGUAGUGUAUAGGAUUUCUUCCUUUUGUUUUUGGAGGGGGGGUUUUCUAUGGCAUUGUUGUAGCAUGUCUACAAAUGUUGCUCCCUGUGAAGUACUACUAGUAAUUAGUAUCUAAAGCUUUAGGCUCUGCUUCUUUUGCUCACCUCAA